ACCAUCUUUUUUCUUGCUUAGAUAUUUUCGUCGUUUUUUCCUAUAACACAAACCUUACAAAAUCAUCUUCUUUACGUUACACAUUUGCCUUUCUGCCUCCCAUCAUUUUUUUUUCCUCUCCAAAUUAUCAAAAUUAUUGCUCCAGUUUCUCUCUGGUUUGUAACUGCAUUUAUCUAUGGUUUAAUUGAAUUAAUAAUUUUUUUUUCUCUACUCUGUACCCGUCAAUUUAGGUACAGUUUCAGUUUUCGCAACAAUUUUUUGGGAUUUUGGCUCUGCCUUAGAGACAUAACAAAAAGCGGUUAUGGAUCGAGAAGGAGGAUCAGCCGGAUCUUGUUAUUAUUCAGUUCUAGGGGUACGCAACGACGCCUCCUGCUCCGACAUUCGCUCAGCUUAUCGGAAACUAGCUCUGAAAUGGCACCCGGAUAGGUGGGCGAAGAAUCCAGCGGUGGCAGGUGAAGCGAAACUCCGAUUUCAGAAAAUCCAAGAGGCUUAUUCAGUUCUCUCCGAUCAAGACAAGAGGUCAAUGUACGACGCCGGUUUCCUUGAUAUGUUCGAGGAAGAUGAAGGAAUGGGUGAUUUCCUGCACGAUUUGAUGAACAGAAUGGAUCAAAAUGUUGGAGCAGCGGAGGAGAGUCUAGAGGAUUUGCAGAAGACGUUUGUGGAUAUGUUUGGUGGAGAUUUAGCAAAGAUGAUGGGUGAUGAAACUCCAACUGCAAAGAAGAGGGCACGCGAUUCUGGUUGCAGCACAAUGGCUGCAUCAAAACGCAACAAUGUCAACUUCAAUGGCACCUGUUAGUUUAUUUAGUUUUAAGCAAAAAUACAGAAGAGGUCCCUCCUCCUCCUCUCUUUUGGUGUUUGAAUUUUUGUGGGGCUGGAGAGGAAUUAACUUGUUUAUUCGGUGGUAGAUAGGCAGAACAGAACCUUUUUUUUUUUUUAAGACUUUUGAUAUCUAAGGAACAAGUUGUUUAAAUGUGGGUACUGUUUAGUUGCGUAAUAAAACGUCUCUUUAAU